AUGUUCCCAGGAUCCUUUGUUUUGUCUUUCAACUCCAGCUUCUCAGGACCAGGAAACACAACCCAAGUCUCCAGGGACAACUUAACAUUGUCAUUAUACUAUCAACAUUCCAUGGCCAUUGCAGCCAUUAUUAUUCUGGCAUAUACAUUCAUCUUUCUUAUGUGCAUGAUAGGCAAUAUGUCUGUGUGUUUCAUUGUCCUGAAAAACAGGCAGAUGCGCACCGUGACCAACAUGUUCAUUCUGAACUUAGCAAUCAGUGACUUGCUGGUUGGGAUCUUCUGCAUGCCAACCACCUUGGUGGACAACCUGAUUACAGGGUGGCCUUUUGACAACAUCAUGUGUAAAAUGAGUGGUUUGGUGCAGGGGAUGUCUGUUUCUGCAUCAGUAUUUACGCUUGUAGCUAUUGCUGUGGAAAGGUUCCGUUGCAUUGUGUAUCCGUUUAGACAGAAGCUCACUCUGAAAAAAGCUAUAAUCACCAUAAUCAUCAUUUGGGUGCUGGCUCUGAUCAUCAUGUGUCCUUCUGCGGUUACACUGACGGUGACCAGAGAUGAAUAUCACUUCAUGGUCGAUGACUACAAUAACUAUUAUCCAUUAUAUUCAUGUUGGGAAGAAUGGCCAGACAAGGAAAUGCACAAGAUAUAUACAACUGUUCUGUUUUCACACAUUUACCUGGCUCCUCUUACUUUGAUUGUUAUUAUGUAUGCUCGGAUUGCCUUCAAGUUGUUCAAGUCAUCUGCCACCAUACGAGGAUCCAUGUCUGAGGAAAAUGAAGGUCGAAGAGUUUCCAAGAGAAAAGUCAGAGUCAUCAACAUGUUAAUAAUUGUAGCUUUGUUCUUCACUAUUUCCUGGCUUCCGCUGUGGACCUUAAUGCUUCUUACUGAUUAUGGAAAGCUCACAGAUUAUCAGAUCAACUUGAUUGCAGUCUAUGUAUUUCCCUUUGCGCAUUGGUUGGCCUUCUUCAACAGUAGUAUCAACCCAAUUAUUUAUGGGUACUUUAAUGAAAACUUCCGUCGGGGGUUUCAAGAAGCCUUCAAUGUACAGUUCUGCACAAUGAAAAGGGAGCAUAAAGAAACAUACUCAGAGAGAAAAAACAGCGGCAAUUUGUUUGGUGUACGAAAAAGGAUUUUUGUAGAAGUGCAGCCUAGUGAUUCAGCUCAGGGUUCUGAUUCUUGUAACAGCACUACCGCAAAGACUGGUAUGUUUUCUUUAAGGAGUGGAAAGAUUGCUCAUCAUGGUCUGGUUGUUGAAGACCUAGAUAAUAAAGUCUCCAAUAAUACAGUCAGCAUCCCUGCCUGGGAUAUCUAAAGUAAAUGAGCUCUUACAUCUAAAAGGACAGUGUAGGAUAUCAAAAUGGAAAUAUGUUAAAAUCUGCAAAACGCUUAGCUCCCGAGCUGUAUUAUACACCUUAAUCCAAGGGCAUAGAGUACCAUGCUUUAUUUUUGGUAACCAUGAUGUAACCAGUUUAACUUUUUUCCAGAAAUCAAAAAUACAAUUGAAAGGACGAAUGUUUUCAUACACCUGUGUAAAGGCUACAUUACAAAAAAAUCUUUAAUCAAACAGUAUAUAACCAGAAUUACAGAUUCUUACAUAUAUUUUCAUAGGGGAGAAAAUCUACAAAUAUAAUGGUAAA